AUGCUAAAUGCAAUUAUGCUAGUAACCCAUAUCGGAUCCCAGCUACUGCAGCAAAGCCUCUUUGAGGCAUUUCAUCGAACAGAUGGUCUGACACUGUUUAACCCAUAUCUAUCUGCUGGAUCUUGUGUUGAGAAGAAGCUUAGGCUUUUUGGGUUUGAGCUGAGCCCAAGCAAGAAUGAGGACUUCUCUAUCAAUGGCUCUGCAGAAGUAGAUGAGAGUGUAAAUUCAUCAAACUACAUUUUGUAUGGAAGGGAGGUUCAUAUGAACAAACGUGCCAGCAAUGAGAAAAGCUCCACUAGUGAAGCAGAUGACAAGAAGUUUGAGUGCCAAUAUUGCUUCAAGGAAUUUGCCAACUCACAGGCAUUGGGAGGUCAUCAGAAUGUGCACAAGAAGGAGAGGAUGAAGAAGAAGAGUUCAUAA